UCAAGCCUUGCCACCCUUCCUUGCCGAACCCGAACGACGCUUGAUAAAUGCGCCGCGCGCUGCGGCGCACCUCAUCUCGCUUGCACCGCAGCGGCGCGCGCCACUUUUCCGCCGCCGCGCCUGUCCUCGGCCAGGACCACCGGCUCGUUGUGGCCUCGCCGGCGCCGCCGCUGCAGCUUCCUGCGCCAGGCUCCCUCCCAAACUUUUCGGACUUCAUCUGCUCGGGCUUCGCCAAGAAUGGCGACAAGCCUGCUGUGGUUGUGGACAACCCGGAGGGGCCGGCGGACGUGAGGACCUUUGCGGACCUGCUCGCCGACGUGGGGAGCGUGGCGCACGAGCUGCGCUCCGUGCUCGGCUUCGGUCCGGGCGACAGGGCGCUGCUCAUCUCGCCGAAUCACGCGGACUACUUCACGGCCGUGCACGCCGUGCUGAAGCUGAACGGCGUGCUCUCGCCGGCAAACCCGCUCUACUCAGCGACUGAGAUCGGGAGGCAGCUCGAGGACUGCGAGGCGACGGUAGUCAUGGCGCACCCCUGCUGCCUGGAGAAGGCGCUCGAGGCUGUCCGCGCGUCGGGGCGGGCCGACGCCAUCUCGGUCCUCGUCCUCGGAGCCGACGCGCCCGCCGGCGCGACACCGCUCGAUGCGCUGAAGGGCACGGGCGCCGCGGCGCCUUUGCUCGGCGCGGUGGAGGACGACCAGCUGGCGGUGCUGCCGUACUCGAGCGGUACCACCGGGAUGCCGAAAGGGACGAUGCUCACGCACCGCAACCUCAUCGCCAACGUCCUCCAGUUCGAGUUCGUGGACGGCCGCUUCUGGAGCCGGGGCGGCGAGACGCUCGUGAGCCCGCUGCCCUUCUUCCACAUCUACGGCUUCACGGCGUCGCUCAACAUAUCGCUCUACUACGACUGCACGUGCGUGACGAUGCCCGCCUUCGACCUCGAGCGCUUCCUCUCCCUCGUGCAGGAGCGGCGCUGCACCAGGGCGCAGCUCGUGCCGCCGAUCAUCCUCGGCCUGGCGAAGCACCCGCUCGUCGACUCGUACGACCUGAGCUCACUCAAGACCAUCGUAUCGGGCGCCGCGCCGCUCGCGCGCGAGGUUGGCAACGAGUGCGCCGCGCGGCUCGGCGUGGCCGUCAAGCAGGCACGGGGUGUAGGGUGAGAACUGUGGUACGAC